GCUCCUUCUCAUCCAUCCACCACGCCGCUCUCUUCACCUUCCUGAAGAGCGAGCGCAAACAGCCAUGAACAACAAUCAGCAGGCCAACACUGGCGGCAAUGCUGGCGCGGAUGCCAACGGCAACGCCAACAAUGCCAAUGCGGGCGGGGCCGCCGCAGCCUAUCGUCAGCAACUCGCCCACCAGCAGCAGAUUGCAAUGGCCCAAGCUCAACAGCGGGCGCAGCAGCAUCAGCAGCAGAAUGGCGGACAGGGUGGAGGUAAUCAAGCUAGGCCACCGACGAAUCAGAUGCCCAGGCCGCCUGGCGCUAACGGCGGGCAGCAGGGCCAGCAGCAGCAAGGUGGAGCGGCUGCUGGUAACAACGGCGGCGGCGGCGGCGGCGGCGGUGGUGGUGCGACUCAACAGAAUGGGGCUCUUUUACACAUGUUGGCCACCAAUCCUCAAGCGAUGCAGUCCUUCUUGGCCAAUGCUAGAAGCUCUGGCCAGCUGAGCGAAGAUCAGCUCGUGUCGAUUCAAAAUUAUGUGAAUAUGAACAGGAGCCAAAAUCAAGGCGGUAGCCAGGCUCGUCCGCCGACUAUGCCUCAGCAAGGACAGCAGCAGGGAGCCCAGCAGCAGCCUUCGCCUCAUGUGUCGUCGCCUGCUCCUGGUCAAGCAAGGCCGCCUCCUCAGAUGCAGCAGCAGCAGCAGCAGCAAAGAGGCCCUGUUUCUCAACAGCAGCAACAGCAGCGCACCGCGUCACCUCAAGUCAGGCCGCCCCCGGCCCCGUUCCCGCAGGCUCAACGUCCCCCGCCUCAGCAGCAGCAGCAACAGCAGGGGACGCCACAGCCCAGUGGCCAACAAAACGCCCCCACGCCGAGCUCCAGCAACAACAGCGGCCCUGGCGGCUUGCCUAGUAAUUGGCUGAGCUACCUCACUCCAGACCAAGGCCGCAUGGCUACAUCAAUCUUUGCGGCUCUUCCUCAGGUUCAGAAGGGGAUCAAGGAACUCGAAUCACAGCUCCAGCAAGCUACUGAUGCUGGGCAGCGAAGUCAGCUGCAAGCACAGCUACAGCAGGAGCAGCAGAAGAGCGCGGCGAUCAUGCAUCGCUUCGGGCAGGUCAAGGAACUCGUCAAUCGCAACGUGGCAUUGGAGAGGCAGCAGCAGGCCGGGGGACAGGGAGGUCAAGGAGGGGCGGCGGCAGCUGGGCAGCAGAUGGGUCGUCAGGCUUCUCAGUCCCAGCAGGGCCAGCAGCCUCAACAGCAACAAGCUCGUCCUCCACAGACCCAGCAGCAACAACAGCAGCGAGGCAGCGUAGCAGCGGGCAGCCCCCCGCCAUCACAGGGCGCAGGUGCAGCAGCGAAUCGCCCCUCUCCCGCUGCGGCCGCGGCUGCCGCGGCGGCGCACCAGCAACAGGCAAGCGGAAUGGCUUCCAACGCGGCGGGGGGUGCUUCUAUGCUUGUAGACCGUGGAGCUUCGGCCGCUGUGAGCAGCAGUACGGGCACGCCGGUGAAUGCGCCCGCGACAGCAGCUGCGCCGCCUCCGGGUGCUGCCACUUCUUCCUCUCACCCACCGACCGCGCCCAGCACGACGAGCACCUCGGGCUCAGCGUCCGCAUCAUACAAUCCGCACACGACCAUCAGUGCCAACCUCCCUCCGCAAGUUCCGCAGCCCUACCCCAAUGCGCAGGGACCUCGACCGACCCUCAGCAUGGGUCUCGCAGGCGGCGUUGGAGGAGCGGCUGUGAGCACGCCGGGGAUCUUGGCGUACCCUCCCGGUAAAGAGGGAGAGGAGGGGUGCGAUGUCGCAGCAGGGGCUGCUGGACCGUCAUCCGCCACCGCAGCUGCAAAGCAAGGUGCAGGAGCCGGCUCAUCAGCCUCAAAAGACGCCGGCAAUGCUGUAGCCUCGUCUUCCAACGCGAACGCCGCAGGUCCAGCAUCCACCCGCGUCCUCUUGAAACGUUCCCUCUCCUCCCUCCUGCUCGAAGUCGACCCAUCAGAGAUCCUCUCGCCCGACGUAGAGGACCUCCUCCUCGACCUAGCAGACGACUUCAUCGAUUCGGCGACGCACUUUGCCUGUAAGGUCGCGAAGCACAGGAGCAAUUCAUCUGCGAGUGGAAGGGGAGGCAACGCGGCGGCGGGAGAGCCCAAGUUGGAGGCGAAGGACGUUCAGCUGGUGCUGGAGAGGAUGUGGGGUAUCAGAGUGCCGGGGACAGGGAUGCCUCUGCCGCCUGUUCGAGUUAGAGGCCAGGGGCCGGGACAGGCACAGGGUGGUGCACAGGGCGGAAUGAGCAAGGCGGCCCAAACGGCGGCUGCGGCUGCUCAGGCGGCUGCGCAGAGGGAGGGAUGAUGCUAAUGGCGUGUAGCACGGGCAUCGCAUCUUCCCGCCUCUUGAGCUUGUACUAUGGUACUGUCUUGUCUAGUGGAUGUCCAAUUUGUCACAUCGAAGCUACAAUGACAUCCAUCGCACAUCACACUGCUCUCUCUAGUUUCCGCUGUCGCGCCUCCCCGUCACUCGAAGUAUCCACUCUUACCGACGCCACUGCCCGCAGCCGGUGUGGCUCUCCCACUGGCUGUCCCCUUCCUACCCACAG